AGAGAGAGAGAGAGAGUGGGGAUGAGAGAUUCAAGCGCUUUGUAUUUGCGCUUGGGGGGAGGCCUGAAUGCGUGUCGUUGCUGUAGUUUUAAAUGGCGUCUUUUUGCUAAAACUACUAUUUGGGAUAUAGAGUAGAGAGAGAGAGAGAAAAAGAGCCUUUUAAUUUUUUAAGAGUUCCCAUUGCAAGCCCUUCGAUUAUUCUUCUAGGGCUAUGCUUGGUUUCCUCUUCUCAGACUAUGCCUUCUCCGAUCAGGAAGGUUGAUGCGGUAAAGGGAGGAUACUUUGAGGCUGCAUUUCAUUUUUUAUUUUUAUAUAAAUAUCAACUUUGAAACAUAGAAGGGAGUUUUUCAUUGUCUUCCCUUGGCAGUUGAAAAGCAACGUACACCAAAUAUUAGUGAAGUUGUCUUGGGUGAAAUGUUGAUGCAGAGUUCCCUUCCUAGUUCAACUGAAGCUGCUCUAUUUUUUGUAUCUGAUCAUGGUAAAGAAGAUACCUUAUGUGAUUGGAUGGCAGACACUGAAACUUUUCGGAUUCCAAAUUGUGAUAAACACUCUCAUGGACAGUGCAGAAAGGCUAAAUCAAUUAUAGAAGGAAAAGAGAUGGCUGAUAGUCCAAGCUCCUUAAAUUUUCCAAGGAGCUAUGCGCAGCCAUCAACUGUUAGCACAAUAUCUGAAACUUGUGUGCCAAAUUUUGUAUAUAGGCGAAGGAAGCUACAGGCAAACUCAGUCACCAUUUUUUCACCACAGGCUGCAGCAAACACAAAGAGAAGUGCUGAUUGCCUUUCAGUCAUAAGUUCUGAUGCACCUUCUGUGGUAGCCAAGGAGCAACUUGUGGGCUUUCAGGUUGAGCAUGAAAGUCAAACUGUUGGAGUGCCCAUCAAGGCUCCUCCUUUAUGCAUAAAAGAACCCCAUGUUUUAAGUUCACAAUCUAUCGAUGGAUGUUCAGUUGGGGAAGAGCAUGUUUCUGAUGCAGCACUCAAAAAUAUCAGGCAAAAAGUUUUAGAGGUGGACAGUAUAAAUGACAGUUGCUCAUCAUCAAAAUCAAAUAUGGAACUUGUUUCAGCUUCCAUGAUGACUGAAAUGGAUGACCCUGGUGAGUGCUCCUCAUCUAGUGUAAUGGUGAUGGAAGUCAAGGGGCAAGAUCUUUCAGAAAACGAUUUAUGCAUUUCUAUACUUAGAAGCCAGGGGGUGUUUGGAGGAGUUUUGCCUACCAAAACUCAUGAUUCUGCUGAGGAUGCAGGAACUAGUAGUGGAAGAAGCUGCUCCCGGUCAUGCAAGAUUUGCGGUCAUUCAGAAACUACACUGAACAUGCUUAUUUGUGAUCAUUGUGAAGAAGCAUUUCAUGUUUCAUGCAUCAAUCCCCGUACGAAGAAAAUACCAACUGAUGAAUAGUUUUGUCAUUCUUGUUUGAAAAAGAAGCUUAAAAUUCCAAAGGAAACAGCUACCAGAAGUUAAU